AUGCAGGUGAGCUUGCAGUACGACAUGUUCCAGCAGAGCAGGGCCAGCAUCGAGCAGAAGCUGAAUUCGCUCACCUCUUUGGCCAGUUUGUUUGCCGCGGACGAGGUUGCAGAGGCCAACUACUCCAUGGUGGCUGAGCCAAAGCUUUGCGAAGGAAAAGCGUUGGAGGAAGCGCAGAAGUCCUGCGCCGUUUUGAAGCAGGAAGAGACGGAGGAAGAGAAGGAAGAGCUGGAAGAGGACGAAGAAGCCAAGGACCAGCAGGAAGCCACCUACCAGGCAUGCCUGGCAGAUGCCUGCAUGACCGCGGAGAAGAACUUCGGCGAUGCCGGCAAGGAGACGGAGGAAGAGAGCGAGAUGCAGUCGGCUUUGAAACACAAGAAGGAGUUCCGGAUCGUGGGAGCGGAUGCGGACUGCAAAGAAGGAUGGACGGCCACCGAUCCUAACGAGAACAUGCUGUCAGACGAGGAGAAGCCUCGCGCCCUGGCGAAGAAGAACGGCUGCACGGUGGCCUGCAAGAUCUGCCGGCCCAAGCAUCGUCGGUACCUGGUGGGGCCCAUGGUGCUGCACAACGAGACGCGGGCCGCUUGCGUCAACCAGCGCCUAGCGAUGCCCAAGAACGCGGAGGACGUGGCUCGCCUGUGGGCAAUUCAGAAGGAGCACUGCACUGCAGACAAAGCCUGGGUAGGUGCAAAGUAUUCCGACGGCAGCUGGAAGUGGGACGACGCUGCAACGCUCACUUUGGCUGCCACGGGUGAAGAAGGCGACUACCUUUGCAUCGACAAAGAUGACGGCAACCUUGUGAACUGCGAGCACAGUGCCUUGGCCGUGCAGUUCCGAACCUCAUGCCUUGGGCUGAUGUUUCAGUUCGAAGCUGAGUUUGACUUGCCGCCGUUUGUUCGGCCGCUGGCCACAGCUCAGAUGCACAGUGCCGCGAGGCUCGCGGCCCCGCGUGGCUUCGGCAGUAGGGCGGCGCUGGGCCAGCUGGGCAUUGCUAGGAGCUAUCCCGGCACGUCGACUGCGGAGGAGGGGAUUUGGCACGGUCACCGGGUCACCGACAUGCCAAUGCGUCGCCACGGCCUGGCCACAGCUUGUCUCGCGGUGAGCUUCUUGGCGUUGCCUCUUGGCUUCGUGGGCUUCACGGGCACCACGUUGCGCCCGGCGUCCGAUGCGUCGGCACCGGCGCCGCUGGUGCAGCGGCAGUCCGCCGGGCCCUACCCCGCCGACACCCGGCAGAAGGACAAGCCCAAGGGCUACAAGAAGAAGCUCUACAAGCGGAUGCCCAACAGCAACUUGAACACGAAGCAGAUCAUGCAGCGCAUCACCACCAUCCUGCUGAAGAACAUGAAGGAAGAUUUCCGCGACCCGCCGAUCAAGACCGUUGACCUCAUGAAAGAGAUCGGCUUGACUGGCAACCAGAUGAAGGUCAAGCGCUUCAUCAUCGACGCCUUGCAGCUUUUGCAGGCGCAGAAGGUGAUCCACAAGGUGAAGCAGAACCCAGCGAGGUGGGAGAUCCAUGAGGAGUAUCGCAAAUACGGCGUGCCACCAGUCAGCAAGGAGAAGCGUCUCCCCUGGAAGCACAUAGAUCUCUUGCAGUUCAAGCGCACCAAGGUUCCGCGCUUCGGCCCGGUUCACGGCCUUUACCGUCCCAAGGACCGUGACUUCUUGAAGGAGAAGUACCUGCCACUUCAGUCCAUCUACGAUCCGGUCCUGAAACCUGACCCUUACACCACGGCCAACAUCCGGGACCUGGACAAGAACCCUCCCUGGAUCAAGCCCCAGGAGUUCAAGCGAUUCGCGGACAUGAUUCCCGUGGCCCCCAAGGACAAGAAGGGCAGGUUUGUGGUUUGGGAUGCGUAUAAGGCCGAUGCGGCGGAUGCGGCGGAUGCGGCGGAUGCGGCGGAUGCGGCGGAUGCGGAUGCGGCGGAGGAGAAGCUGUCCCGCGCGGCUUCUGCCAAGGAGUCCUCGCUUUGCCAGGUGGCCCGUGGGCUGGAGCCCUUGGGAGAUCCCCAGGUGCCUGUGUGGUUGUUUCGUCAAGCAGGCCGACAUCUCCCUGAGUACAAUGAGUAUAAAGCCAAGCGUGGGAAAAACUUUUUGCAGCUGCUGCAGGAUCCGAAGGAUGUUGCAGAAUGCACCAUGCAGCCCUUGAGACGCUAUGGAGUGGAUGCUGCGAUUUUGUUUUCUGACAUUCUGGUCGUAGCAGAAGCGCUGGGGAUUGAUGUGGAGAUGCCAGGCGGCAAAGGAAUCCUGGUACCGCGGCCCUUGGAGUCCCCAGAGGACCUGCCGCGCCUGGCCACCUCCGUCGCCAGCGCGGACUUCGUGGAAGAGAAGCUGGCUCAUGUCCUGGAGGCCGUGCGGCUGAUCCUGCAGACGAUGUCCCAGGAGGGCAUGGGCCACGUACCGCUCAUCGGCUUCAGCGCUGCGCCAUGGACGCUCUUCUUCUACAUGGUGGGCGGCUCAUCCAGGAAGAGGACGGACGCCGGGGAGCUGUGGCUGAAGAAUCACCCAGAGGCGUCCCAGGAGUUGAUGUCCUUGCUGAGCGAGGUCAUCAUCGAGUACCUCUCCGCCCAGGUCCGUUCGGGCUGCCACGUCUUGCAGGUCUUCGAGGCCAUGGGCGAGCAUAUCAGCCCGGAUCACCUGGAGACCUUCGCUGUGCCGGCCAUGCGCCGCAUCGCCUCCGCGUUGAAGGAGAGGCACCCUGAGGUGCCGCUGAUGGUAUUUCCUCGAGGUGCUUGCUACGCACUUCCUGCUCUUCAGCAGGCGGGCUACGACGUGGUCACCGCAGACACUGCCACGGACUUGGAGCGCGCGGUCGAGGACUUGACCGCCGCUUCCGGCGGAGGUCGGGUGGCAAACCUGCAGGGCAACUUUGACCCGAAGUGGCUGCGACCAGGUAAGACGAGCAAAUCGGAGACUCCACUGAUAUCCACAGACAUUUACCCGGCCGUACGGCGGUUCUUGCUGGAGAGCGGGCUGAACCGCACCCUCAAGGCGCUGGAGAAGGAAACCUCUGCGCUGGAGGACCUGCCGGUCGUGAAGCCAAAGAAGGCGAAGGCGUUGGAGGGACUGGAGCUGGUGGCUGCGUGCCAAGCCUGGCUCGUCCAACCCGGCGACGCUUCAGCCGCGCCUGCGCCGGAGGCUGAGUCAAGGCCCAACAAGAAGCGGAAGCGGGAGGAGGAGCAGGCAGAGCCAGCGGCAGAAGCGGCAGAAGCUGAAGCAGCUGAAGUAGAAGCAGAGGCAGAAGCUGAAGCAGAGAUGUCAGUGGAGGUGAGCAACAAGAAGUCCAAGAAGCAGAAGAAGGAGGAGAAGGAGGCAAAGGAGAAGAGCACUCCUUUCAAAAGAAUUGAUGAUGACAAGUGGAGGGCUACCAUCAAGGACGAGCGGCUUCUGGACAACACUCACCUGGCCAAGCAGAAGUUCGGGCUGUCUGCCGGAGAUAGCUGGGCUGACAAGGCCUCCGAGGACCUGCUCAAGGUCAAGGGCAAAGGCUUCCGAAAAGAGAUGGCCAAGAAGAAGAGGGCCUCCUGGCGAGGUGGCGGGGAGAUUGACCAAGGGGUGAACUCCGUUCGGUUGGACAAUAGUGAUGAUGAGUGA